AGACUCAGCACUCCUUCCCUGAUUUUGAUGUAUGAGAAACAAAGAAAGAUAAAGAGAAGUACUACACAAGUUUGACACCACCAUUGAUAUCUGCAUUUCCCUCUUCUUCUUCAUCUUCUUCAUCAUCAUCUCUCAACUGAGGAAGAAACCAGGAAAAAGAGGGGUGAUUCUGUUGUUUUUUUGAUUUUUUGGAAAAGGGGGGUUUAAGUUUUUUGAUUUUUCAAGAAAUGCUGAGAAAGAGGAGCAGAUCAUUCCAGAAAGAUCAUCAAUACAAGGGACAUUUGAUGUCUGAUUCAUCAUCGUCAUCAUCAGAAUCGAUUUAUCAAGCUGAUGUAUUGAAGCAGAAACAGAAAAAUGGUUCAUUUUUCAGUAUCCCUGGUUUGUUUGUAGGGUUUAACUUUGGGAAAGGUGUAUCAGAUACUACUGAUUCUUCGGUUAGAAGCCCUACUUCUCCUUUGGAUUACAAGUUUCUGACUACUUUAGGUAAUCCAUUUAGGUCAUCAUUGAGUCAAGAUGGUGGUGGUGGGGGGAAUCAAAAGAGUUGGAAUUGUGGUGGUAGUAAAGUAGGACUUGGGAUUGUUGAUUCUCUUAAUGAUGAACCUAAACCACCUCUAGAGUUGUCGAGCAGUAAGAAUAUAUUGUUUGGAUCAAAGAUGGGGAUUAACAUCCCUGCUUCUUCAAGUGGUCUUAGUGUUUCAGUGGAUUCUGCCAUGGAGACCAAAUCCUUGCCUAAGGAUUAUGGGAGUGCUUCAAAUGUGCAGAUCAGUGCUGCUGAUCUUCUUCAGUUUGUCGGCUCUGAGAGUGAAUUUGGAACCGGAAGGAUCCAGUUCGAAACCAAGACAUUGGGAAGGAAUCGGUCUUGUUUAUCAGAUUCUGACAAGCUUAUGUUGUCACCCUUAAACAGCUUAACAUACUGUGACCCCAUUUUGAGUUCCGAGAAUUUUAGUUCGGAUGAGAAAGUUAGAUCAGGCUUACUUCCCAUUAUUGGUGGAGGUGCCGAUUCUAACAAUUUUUUAGGUAUGAAGCCUAGUUCACUCCCAAUGUCCUUUGGCUCUGGGAAUGGAGUUAUUGGGUCUGUCUCUGCGAGUGAGAUUGAGCUCUCUGAAGAUUAUACCUGUGUAAUUUCUCAUGGUCCAAACCCCAAAACAACUCAUAUUUUUUGUGACUGCAUUUUGGAAUGUCACACAGACGAGUCGGCUAAUUGUAAUAAGAAGAAUGAGCAGGGGAUUGAAUCACCAUGGAUUGUUGAACCUACUGUUGGUUCCCCAGCCAAUCCUCCGAAGGACUUUUUGAGCUUUUGUUUCCUUUGCGAGAAGAAACUUGAAGAGGGUAAUGAUAUCUACAUGUACAGAGGAGAGAAAGCAUUCUGCAGUUCCAAUUGCCGCUCUCAGGAAAUUUUGUUCGAGGAGAAAAUGGAAAAGGCUGGUAAGGAGAAUUCCACCGAGAACUCUACUGAACCCACAAGCUGUGAUGAUAUCUUCCUACCAGGUAUGGUGGUAACCACCUAAUAAGGGAAACACAGUUCUUCUCCCAGGUCCCGUACACCAGGGUCCGUGAUUCACAAAAUAAAGUAACAAAAAGUAAACGCUCGAGAUCAUCUGUUUUACAAAAGUGCUGUCUUAUAUGUGAAUCAGUUAGCAGCCAUGGAUGGUCGCUUGUGUACAUUGUUUCGUUUACUGGUUUAUUUUUCUUUUUAAUGGUGUACUAGUGAGACAUGGGCAGUAACAAGCCUUUCCUUUUUGCUGUCUUCUAAUUUUCAUUAUCGAAAUAUGGACACGAUCUUUAGACUUCUACCGUCUUAUAAUUUUGUCAGAGAAGGGGUCGUUGUAGCCGGUUUUACGAGCUCCCCCCGCUUCUAUUAUCAAGGCAAGAGUUUUUAUGUAUAAGCCUUCGAACUCAAAUAUAUAAAUGAUAUAAACUUUAGACUCUUUGUA